CAAAACUUUUAUUUUUUUUUUUACAAAACUUUUAUUUAGCUCUUUCUUCAGUGUUUUCUUCACCUAUCUCUCUCUAUUGAUAAAGUUAUGAAGUUUCUCGUCGAGAUUCUAAAUGGCUCAUCGUUUGAGAUUGAAGUGGAUUACAGAGAUACACUGUUAGAGGUCAAACAAAAGAUCGAGAGGUCUCAACGUAUUCCUGUUUCCAAACAAACCCUUAUCGUCGACGACAUUGUUAUUCUUCGAGAAGAUCUUAACGUCAAACAAUGCCAGAUCGUCCACAAUUCUCAUAUCCAACUCGACGUCUCUGCUGAUGAUGAUAACCCUAAUCAUAACGAUGACGAUCAAAUGCCGCAAACCGAGCAAUCUCCAGCACCAUUGCUUUCAGCGGAAGAGUACUUUGUGGGACAAGAGUGGCCUUUGACAGAGGAAGAGAUCAGAAAGAUUUAUAGCUAUCGCCCUGAGACAACACAAGGGAUCAGUAAGGUUCAAGAUUCGCAGGCGAUGGUAAGAAGCGACAAGAACGUCUCGACGAGCAUGAAGGUUGAGAGCAACAACAACAAUGAUCAAGUGCAAUAUCCACCGUCGUUGCUCAAUAUUCGCCUUGCAAACCUGCGAAGAUGAGGGGUCUACGAGAUCUUUGGAAAU